GACAGCAUCUAUUUGAGUCGAGAGAAACCGAAGCGUAGAGAUCUGACAGCUUCUUCUCGUCUUCUCUGAACUUUUUUUCCCCCCCUGAUCGUUGAGGGCGACGGAGCCGUUCCCAUGGCGGAAUCCAACUGAAGAACUGUGCUAGAUUUAAUGAUGCUUUGAGAUCCGUGUCUCCUGUUGCUUGCAGCAGCUAUACAUUUUGUUUUUGUUUCUCUUUCUCCUCUCGCUCGCUACAAUUCCCAAGACCGCACCAUUAUAGGCCGUUUUGUCUCCUAGAAAGAAAGAGAAUCGGAUAAGUUCAACAUGGGGAGGUCUCGCUCAUGCUUCCAAAUAAUCACAUGUGGUAGCGAUUCGAAGGACGCGGAUGAGAUCGAUGUACUUGAGAGCAAGGACUCCAAAGAUAAACGAGGCUGGAGUUUUCGUAAGAGAUCUUCUCAGCAUCGCGUGCUAAACAACACUGUGAUCACAGAAACUCCACCUGUAGAGAAGGAAAACCUUGAAACUGCUACCAUUGACUUCCAAUCAUCAGCUAACUCUACUGUCCCGGAGAAACCCACCAUAAUACACUUCACUAAUGAGGAGAUCCAUGUGCCUAACAUUGAGAAUCCUAAAGGAUCUGAUAACUUGGAUGUUGCAUCUGAAAAUGAAAGUAAGGUUGAUAGCCAGGUUGAGGAGUCUAUUGUUAUUGUCAUCCAGGCUGGUAUCAGGGGGCUCUUGGCACAGAGAGAGCUGCUUAAACUUAAGAAUGUAAUAAAAGUGCAAGCUGCUGUUCGUGGGUUCUUGGUAAGGAGACAUGCUGUGGGAACACUUCGCUGUGCUCAAGCCAUUGUCAAAAUGCAAGCUAUUGUCCGUGCUCGUCGUGCUCAUCUCUCUCCUGAGGGAUCGACUCCAGACUUGCUGCAAAAGAAGAAUGGGAAGGAAAAUCCUGAUUCAAAGAUCGUGGUAAAGGAAGAGAUGACAAAAUCCAAUUUGAGAUAUAUUUCAAUUGAAAAGCUACUAAGCAAUAGUUUUGCCCGGCAGUUGUUGGAAUCAGCACCGAGAAAAAAACAAAUCAAUAUCAAGUGUGAUCCUUCCAAAAAUGAUUCUGCUUGGAAAUGGUUGGAGCGCUGGAUGGCUGUUUCAUCAUUGGAUGUUUUGGAGCCUCAGAAAGCAGAACCAGUCACCGAGCAAAUGGAAAGAGAAAUCGAGGAGUCUCUUGUUGAAGAUGGAAUUGACACAAAAGCUGUCUCUGAAACAGAAGAUCUGAACUCCAGCACCAUUAAAUCAGUUUCGCCAUCUGAAAGUGAAGAUUUAAUUACUUAUGAUGCCAAUAACUUACAAUUUCAAACCUGCCUCUCUCCAUCUUUGUCAGUAAAAGAUAAUCUAGAGCAGUCUCAGCCUGAGAAUGCAACAUCUGAAGCAAAAGAGACAUCAACUAAGGUUAGUUCGCUAAAAGAUCAGAAAAUACAGUUGGAUGAUGCUAGUCUGCAAAAAGAGUUGAACUCCCUUUUCGAGAAGCCUCAAAUGGACAUGGAACAAGUCAAUCCUCUGAAAAGAGUAGCCCCUGAACAACUGGAGAAUGAGGGUAAGAAAUUUGUGCUUGGAUCAAGAAAGGUAAGCAAUCCCUCAUUUAUCACUGCCCAGGCAAAAUUUGAACAGUUGAGUUCAGCACCAGACUCAAUUGGAACAACUAGUUCAAUGCAUGAGGAUGAUGGAAUUGAACCUCAUUCAGAAACAGUUUCAUCUUCAGCAGAUACUGUACCGAGGGCGAAGGAGCCAAGUGCAGAUGAAAAUAUUGUCCUUCCUGGAUCUAGGGCAAUUCAAGUUGGUGGCUCUGAAUGUAGCCCCGAGCUCUCUAUUUCUUCCACUCUCGAUUCACCUGAUAUAUCUGAAGCAGGACUUUCAGAUCGACAUGCAAAUGAUGUUUUAAAGAAAGGAGACGAAAAUCCUAGCAGUGAUGUAAGCACGGAAGUUGAAGUCAAAGGUUCUUCUACCUCUCCAAUGCCAAAUGACUUCCAACUUCUCAUGGAUCAACCAAAAGAAAGUAGUGAAUCUAACGGUCAUUCCAAGUUGGAUCAACCAGAAGAAGCUAUUGAAUCUAAUGGUCAAGCCAUCACUUCAGUAGCUGUUGUAGACUCUGCACCAAGUGAAUCAAAACUAGGGAGAAGUUCACCGGAUCAACAGAGAGAACAGGAGGCUGAUACGGGCCAUCAAGCAUAUAGAUCAUCCCCGGAAGCUUCUCCAAGAAGCCAUUUAACUGUUCCCGAAUCCCAAGGGACGCCAUCUAGUCAGGUAUCAGUAAAGGCUAAACGAGAUAAAACUGAUAAAACAGGUUCUUACCAAAAGCAAAAGUCAUCAGCAGGAAAGCAAUCACCAUCCAGUCUAAAUCGCAAUUCUGGCACACGAAGCAGCACGGAAAAUCUUUUCAAAGAUCAAAAGAGUGGGAAGAGAAGAAAUUCAUUUGAUUCAGCACGACCAGAUCAUGUUGAAAAGGAAUUAAAAGAGAGCAGUAGCAGUAACUCUCUUCCUCACUUCAUGCAAGCCACAGAAUCUGCUAGAGCCAAGGUUCAGUCGACUAACUCUCCAAGAUCAAGCCCGGAUGUUCAAGAUAGAGAACUAUACAUCAAGAAAAGACACUCCUUACCUGCUGAUGGUCGGCAAGGAUCUCCACGCGUUCAACAGCCAACACCUAAAGCCCAGCAGGGAGUGAAGGGAAAUGAGAAAAUGUGGCGGAGGUAAGCAGCUAACGACGUGGUCGUCACCAGCUUGGAUUGAAAUAUGCAAGGAGACAAUUUGACCUCAAUGUGUGCACAGCUAAUUUCUGAUCUACAUUUUCAUGAAUCAUGACGCAUAGCUAAUCAAGCCAAGAGAUAUGGGUCUACUCAGGAAAGAUGUGUAAAUUUCUAUUUCUAUUUCUAUCUAAUUGUUUGUUUGUCAUCCCUCCAUUUUCCCACACUUCCCUUUCAAAAAAAAUUUCAUCUUCUGUUUGUAAUUUACAAGUUGUUGGUCAUUGUGUGCCUGAUAUUCAGUAGGUUUGUGACGAAUGGUUUUGCUUGUGUAUGUGCUUGAGAUAACUACAAUGUGAUGAAGAGAUUCAAAGGAUAUAUUUCUUGUUCUUUUUGUUUUUUUGUUUUUUUUUUUCAGAUUUUUACCUGAAUAAUCGAAAUAUGGUUGGGCUC